AUGAAGACCCUCCGCGCUUCGCUCCUCGUCGCGGUAUUUCCUGCGCUCGGACUCAACGCGCAACUACCAUCCAGAGAGGCACAGGCGCAGUUCUCCGUCGCGCAUACACCCUCUUCCAAUGCUGUCCUCAACGCAGCGCCGCAACAAGCCGUCACACCCGAGGUGUCCUCGUACGCCGAACGCUUGCUGAAGGACCACGGCAUCCCUGGCAUCACGCUGGGCUUCGUGCGCGUCGGGGAGGAUGGCUCGGUGGCGACAGAGCUCGCUGGUUGGGGCAACAUGACGGAGGACGGAAUGCCGGUGACUCCCGAAACGAUGUUCAGCAUCGGCUCAUGCUCGAAGGCGUUCAUGUCUGCCGCGAUGGGGCUCUUGAUCGACGACUUCGCGCACGGGAGGAAUGUUACGCAGCUGCCCGUUGGGGUGAAGAGUCUCACCUGGCAGACGAAAGUGCAGGAUCUGCUCCCCGCGGAAGACUGGGAACUUGCGGACGAGUGGGCGACGGAGAAGCUGAGUUUGAUUGAUGCUAUGAGCCAUGUUUCGGGACUCCCUCGUCAUGAUAUGGCGUAUAGCCGUCAAGAUACACCCAAGAGCGUCAUCAAACGAAUGAAGCAUAUGAGACCUUAUUAUGAGCUGCGCGAGCGAUACUCGUACAACAAUCAGAUGUUUAUGCUGGUGCAACACGUCCACGAGAUAUACGCCGGGAAGCCGCUGCCGGAGUUCGUCGAGGAGAGGAUCUUCUCUCCUCUCAACAUGACGACUGCCACCUAUUCGGGACGCGAAGCUGAAGACAGUGGUCAUCUGAGCCAGGGGUUUGCAGCUGGUCGGCGCAUCCCUUACUGGUUCGGCGAUGACCUUCCAUCCCGCAUGAUUGCUGGAGCGGGCGGUGUCAUUGCUACCCCGCUCGACAUGACGAAAUGGUUGGCGACUCUGCUCAAUGAAGGUGUCAAUCCGACAACCGGCGAAACUGUGAUCCCAGAAGACAUCUUUCGCCAACUCACCACCAUGUACACCAUCGCCUCCGGAAAGCCCAACAAGCCGAGGAACUCUAUCUCAGGAUACGGCACCGCUUGGGCGCGGAUGUCCAUCCAAGGUCACGACGUUGUAUGGCACAGUGGCGGUUUACCGGGCUUCUACAGUGAGGCCUGGUUCUUCCCAGAGGACCACAUCGGAGUCUUCACAAGCGAGAACUCGGAUGGCCCAGCGAGCUAUGCGCUCGCUCUCCGCGUAGCUGAAGCUUACCUGAACCUGGAGCUCACCCCCGCCCCGGACGUUCCCUCUCCCAAUCAAGAAAGUAGCGACUCGUCCCCUACUCCCCCAACCGACUUCGAAGUUGACGUCCUCCAUUCGUACACGGGCACCUACACCAACCCCGGCUACGGCAAGUUCACCCUCUGCACAACAACGGCUUCCGACAUCCAAGGCUGCGCCACCAUCCUCGAUACGUACGCAUCCACUGCGGACGGUCCCCUCGACGCAGCAGUGCUGUACGGCGAGUUCAUGCCUGCGCGGAUCUGGGCAACGCAGUUCCGCAUGCGCCCGACUGCGGCUGCGGAGUUCGUCCUGGAGGCCGAGCAAAUCUUCCCCCGUGGCUAUGGACGUAACGAGACGCCAUUUUCUCUCGCCAUGUCCCCGUCCGGGACCCCCGUGCGUUGCGUUAGGAAAGGUUCCGCUGUCGUGGGCUGCGGGCUCAUGGACAUUGGGCUUGCCGGAGAAGGGGAUAUGACGUGGAAGAGACGCGAGGGCGGUGUGGAGGAUAUAGCGGACGCCUGGUUCGUCAAAUUGUAG